AUGGAACGGUUUUACGGCGCGUGCGAUUGCUUGGAAGCUUUGAUUUGGUCGUUCGGGAAAGAGCUGGGCACUGGGCAAUUUUGCGAUUCGGCGUGCGCGAGCGCGAUGAAGGCGGUUGAUAAUCGGGCGUACAAGGACGACAUAUCGGGGAUUAAAGUUGCCACCGUGGCGUUAAAGGUUGCGGCGAGAUGUGUUGGGAAUCCAGACGCGGUCAGUGAUGGCGGAUUAAAGUUAACCGCAAAGACUAUCGAUCAUAUGCGGAGAAUGAUUAAACGAGUUGUCGCUUUAGAAGGCGGGAGAAGAGCCUCCACGGAAAUCUCGAGAGCGACGCAAGAGGCGAAGCGAAGAGCGUUGGAGUUACGAGCGGCAAUGUUGAUGGCGAUGAAGAAAAGCGAUGCAAAUAGCAUAAAACUAGAAAUAGAAGCGUUCAACGGACGCGGCGAUUCGAAUAACGUAUACUCGGCUGGGUAUCACGCUUUGGGCGAAAUCGAGCAGUACGGAAAAGGUAAAAACGUUCUGAAUCUAAUCGCCGAGACGAAAAAUUUAGGUAAUUCUGGGGUGGAAGUCAUAUCGGCAUUCGCAACCGUGGCGAGUCAAGUGGAGCGAAAAAUAGGUACUACUGCUAGCGUUGGUAUCAGAGGAAGUAGCAGUCAAUUGACCCAAUCUACCGAGGAGGAAGGUGUAGUGGACGAUAUCGGAGACGACGACGAUACGAUGGGGGGCGAGUUCGCCGAUGAAGAUCGCGCCCUCUCGACGUCAUCCUCGUCGUCUUCUUUGUACACCGUAAAAACGUGUUUUAUCAAACCUUUGUUUGAAACGAGUGAAGUAACGACUUUUAAAGAUUCGAGAGCGAUACAAGAUGCCGUCGCGCGCGCGUGGAUGCGCUACGCGACCAACCCACAAUUCAGCGGCAAGUCGUACUCGGUGGAGGAGUGCACGAGAGAUAUCGUCAAAGUAGGUUUCGCGUCGAAAUUAAGAAAGAACGACUGUUUUGCCGCAGCAUGUGGGUUGGCCGUGUUACGAGUCGCCGCGUUCGAGAAGCGCGUGGACGAGUCGACGAGAAAAGCGACGUUAAAACAAAUUCUCGAUAUUUUACGUUGCCAAAUCGUGUCCACCGCCGACGAGAAAUUGAAAAACGCAAAGCAGAAGAGGAGAGGAAAAUUAAUCGACAAUACGAACGAUUUACGAAUUGUUUCUAUACUUCGCGCGGUGAGAGACGGGAUAGAUGCGAUCGGGUACGUCGACGCCGAAUCGUUUUUAUACAUAAAAAACGUGUUUUCGAGUAAGCACGGCGACGCGCUCUUUCGAACGAAAUGGCGAGUGAACGAACGCGCAGGAGCUUUGGCGAAAGCGGCGUUAUCUGCUGGACAUGAAAUGGCGACGCGAGAACUCGCGAGAACGCUCUCAAAGUUGGAAAUGUUCGUCAAGUUUCCGCUAACGAUGCAUAAUAGUGAUAGAAAAAAAGGAGGAGAAGAAAAAGGAGAAAAAGAAGAUGGAAAUGCACAUGGCGCAGACAGCAACGCUCCCUCGUAUAGAUUCGACGACGAGCUCAUUGCCGAUGCGCGCUUUAUUUGCGCGCUCAUCGGUGAAAAAACGGCGAGUUGGCCGCUUGGUGUGCCCAUAGACGCCAUCGAUCGCGUCGAAGAAGUUGGCGCGAGGCUUUGCAUGUUGAACGCCUCGGCAAAAGCGAGAGAAGCUGGCUUUAUUUGUCUCUCGGCAUCCUCGUUAGCGCGCUCCUCGAUUUUCAUCUAUUCGCAAAGACGCGACGAGGAGAAGAGGAAAAAGUUUGAAAACAUCGCAUUUGUCAUCUCUUCCACGUUUGAUGAAGUAGCAUCCGCGAUGCAAACAAGCUCUGAAGGAGAAGAAACGACGAGUAGGGAUGAUUUGGCGGCGGCGUGCGCAGCUGCAGAGGCUGUCGAGGCGUACGCCAGAUUCGCCAGCGCGGAGGAAGAAAACGGUCGAGCGACAAAACUUAUGCUCGGAUCUCUUUUGUGCGCCUGCGAAAGAAUUCAACUGAGAGACGCGCAAAUUAGCAUCGAAAAUAUCGAAAUCGUUCGUCGAAAGUUGCUUUUGCAUCUACGAGCAAUGUCUGCGUACGCCUCGUGUUCGAAAGAUGUCGAGAAGGCGUGCCGAUUUCAAGAUUUCACGCCACAGAUUGCAAACUUGAUUUCUAACUUUGAAGCGUUUGCAAAAGAAGUGAGGGAAGAUGACAAGAAUGUAUUGUUCAAUCAAGAUGAAGAAGAUCUCGUUUACGACGACGAUGAUACGGAUAGACUCGAUUUUGGACGCUUGACGUCGCUUUCUUCUUUCUUGGACGAAGCGGAACGCGAAUUGCUCGUGAACACGCACGUCGUGACGUUAGAAAACGGAGACGAGACGGUUUCGCAAGCGUUUGCAGAUCUGAGAGCGUACAGGGGAAACUCAAACGCACCUCCAAAUUCGCCAUCGCACGUGUUUGAUGACAGUAAAGAGAGCGAUAACAUAGUGAGGAAAGAUGUCUUCCCUUUUGCGGCAACCGUAGUCGACCAGAUAGACGAGGCGAGUCGCGCCUGCUUCUCUCGCGCUGUAGAGGUUGCUAUCGCUGACGGGGGUAAAGAUGCAAAGUUACAAGCAGCGCUAGCACAACUUCUCUAUGCAUGGGAGGAACGGUGCAUUCAGGUUAUCGAGCACAGUAAAAUGCUCGUAAAUUUGAACUCGUCUGAGUAUCGGAAAAAACAUGUUUCGCUGUUCAACCACCCGAAAAAGCCUGUGUUGACUGAUUUUUUGAGAUGCGAUGCGGCUGUAUCGAGGCGAUUCGCGGAUAUACUGAGCGUUUCUCACAUGCUGCGCGAAGAUGCGAACGAAAGUUCUCAGUUACAUCUAAAGAUGUUUUCGAGGUACUCUAGAGCACUUCAGAACGCUCUCUCAUCACACGCACCUCUCGAGUCUGCGCUACUUUGCGCCAAGUGCAUCGAGCAAACCGCAUCGAGCGAGGAAGUCAGAGAGCGCGCAUAUAAUUUGUUCGAAACGUAUUCACGCGAUAUGGACAUGCAAGAUACUGGACAUAACAGGCGCACUUGGAACAUCGCCAUUGAAUGUUUAUCCCUCUCAAAAUCCAUCGAGCACAUUGGCGCGAUGUCCAUCGGUGAAACGACGCUGCGCAGGCUCAUCGAGGCGCUCUCAAAAAUUUCUCUCAACAUAGAUCCUACGCACAGAUCUACGCACGCGUUUGCAAUUCGGGCAUUAGCACACGUCGCAGAAGUUUGUGGUAGUAGAUUUGCGAGAGAUUCGGAUCGUGCGGUUGAUCUGUCUAUGCAUAUGUUAGAUUCGUUACCCGCGCAAGAAGCGCUGUUAAAAAACGUCGUCUCUUUCGUCCCGGAAUGUGGGCACCUGGCGAAUGCGGCUGCUAUUGCCAUUGGCCCGGACUUAUCGGCGGAACAUAAAGUGUUCAUAAAAGCGAUGAAUGUUGCUGCAAUUAUACGCGACGUGCAAAGCCAUUCACGUUUUCAAAAUUUCCGCUUAGCGUUGGAUAACCGAAACGGUAAAGGAGUAGGUGGAGGAAAAAGAAAUCCGAAUUCUCAGCAGGAGUUGCGGCAGCAAUAUCCGACGCUGUCGGCAACGUCGAAAAACGAUGAUGUUGAAGAUAACUUCAACGAAAGCGACGACGUUGUUUACGCUGAAGUUGUUUUUAUUGAACACAUGGCUAUGUUUGCCCCGAACGCUAUCGAUAUGACGACUGUCACCGUAACGCUUAGAGACGCCUUGCGGCAUUACGCGACGAAGCCAGUAGCCCUGGAAACGCUCUCGUUUCUCGCCAUGAAAGACGCUCAUAAAUUAUUAUACCCAGACGAUGACGAAAACAAUUCAGGGAUAUCUUUCGAGUACGCCUCCAAGUCAACGAAAUCAUCGUCAAAAUUUGGGUCGAUGUUGUUGAGAGACAUUGUAAAAUGUGUGACGAAAGGCGCUUCGAGAAGAGUCAUCCGAGACGCAAAGAACUGCGCGCGAGUCUUGGCCAGAGAGUUAUCCAUCAGAGACCCCAAACGGGCGCUCAAAGCUUUAUCGGCGCUUUCCUUCGACGACCAACGACUCGUGGAAGAAUCCGAAGACGAGGAAUCGGAAGACGACGAAGAUGCGUUUAACGACGACGAAGAUGAAGACGAAGAAAACGAGGAGGGAGAGAUGGACGAGAAAGAAAUCGACGAAUCCGAUAUCGAUGCAAAUCGUGCGAAUAAUCACCCGCGUCUCCCGGCGCGCAUAUUUGCAGCUUCGCUACUUUCGAGAAUCCCUUUCUGGAUUCAAGAAAGUAAUAUUCCGGAGCAUAGAAGCGUUAAAUUAAGUCGCGCAUCGGAUUCUCCAAACGCAUAUUUACCGACGCACGGGCAAAGGUGUUUCCAAAUUGCGUAUUCAUUAUCCACGGCAAGUGCUUCGAAAUUGCGCGCGAGAGGAUUACAAAUGAUGUCUUUUCUUGUCAAAUUAUGGGGAAAUGACGAGGAUCCGGACGCGUUUUAUCACAUCGACGACGACGACUCAGACGAGGACGGAGGAGAUGGCUUCCAUCAGCGCAACAUCCCGAGUGCGCGAAAUAGGAAAAGGUCCAUCAAAACGCUCGAACAAUUUCAAGCACAAAUCCUCUCCGCCGUUCGUGCUUCUCGAAGUUCCGAUACACCGCUCGAUGUGCGUGUCGCGGGCGCGAGAUUAGCGGCACACGCACUCUCUGCAAAAGUGCACGGCUCGGACGAUUCCGUGUCGAAACGAUUGCACGCAUGCAUCGUUGAUUUUGCGAAAGAAUGGCUGCCGGUGUACCCAAAAGCUUCGUCGUCGUCGUCGUCAUCAUCAGCAUCAUCCUUGAACAAUUUAACCUUAAUGAACGCGUGUUGCGAAGCUGUGAUGGUGCGUGCGCGAAUCGCCGCGUGCAUGUGUUUAGCGACGGCAUACAUAUGCAAUGAAGAAGAUUCUACAUCCAUUCCUUCCGACGUCGUCGAGGCGUUCGUGCCUGCGUGGACGUAUCUACCCCACGACGUCGAACUCAUUAAACGAAGCGUAGAGCUUCGUGAAGGCUCCGAGAAACAAAUGCUGGACAAUAUGAUUAUGGACAAGUUUGAACUUUUACCCGGAGAGCUCGUCACGGCGUGUCCAAGUUUAGUACAAGAUGUCGCCGAGGCGUUUCUACCGUGUGUGAAAGCUUCCGUGAGAGUCAGUGAUACACAGCAAUGGUCGACUCUUCGCGAGCACUAUUUGAAACCUAUUUUACUCGCUUCUUUGGACGAACCAUUCGCUGCGUGUACGAGAACUUUAUCUGACGAAAGUUCCGACGCGAUCGAGCGUUUCAAUCCGACUCCGGAUGCCAAAGAAGUAGACGCCGCGCGCAUACCUUUGAGUUUCAUGUUCAACGCCCGUACCAAUGAUGUCGAGCAAGUUGAAACCGCUUUGCGCGGGUUGAAAACGUUUGAGAACGCUCAUUCUUUCGCCGAAUCUGCGGCGCAAAGUUUAUUAAACGACAAGCUUGGAAAAGCUGCGUUCGAUUGCACGAAAUCCUCUGAGGCGUAUCGUAAGAUUCGAGAUGCCGCGAUUGAGUUUUUGAAUUCGUCAUCAUCGGCUGCUGUUCCAUUCAACGGUAAAGCAUCCCCGAAUAAAGUGUCGAUAACGACGACCAGUGGUUUUACGGAUGAAAACUUGCUCAUGGAUUUGAUCGAAGACGACGUCGUCGAAGCUUCGAUUUCGUACGAGAAGAAGGAAAAGAAAUUCAUCGCCUUGGCAAACUUACUCGCGCAAAUGGAAAAAGUUAAUCGAAAAAAGUUCGAAGAGAUACUCGUGGAGCGCUUGGAGAGUGAAGAAUCUAUUUCGACAAAUUUAAACAGCGCUUUGGUGGCGCUGAUGGCUUUGGAUGUCUAUCUUGACUCCAAAUCUUCUGCGUCGGAGGACGACGUCGUCGUCUUGCGAAAACUUGCGCCUUCGAUUGCUGUAUUUUCGAGACAAACGGCAAAAGGGGAGAAUUCGGAAUCCAUGAACCGAGUUGAUGCCGAUUUGAAUGUUUUAUUCGUGUCAAGUACGCUCAAGUUCCUUAAAAAUGUGGCAGAAAAGGAUGCGAAGAACUUAUCCGCGAAUAUCUUGGCGGCGAUGUUUGCGAUUGCGAUUGAGACUUUGGGUACUAGUAACGUUACCAGUAAAAAAAUGGCGCUGGAUGCCUCUAGACUCUCGAACGCCGCGGUGCGCGAACAACCGCUCGCCGCUCGAUGCGCGGUGUCUGGUAUGAUUUCUUCUACGAGAGUUCAGUUUAAGGCUUUGUUGGACUAUUCGAGCGUCGUCGUCGAUGAUUGCGAUGAUGGUGAUGAUGUAGACGAGAGAAAGCCGGGCAAGAUUUCCUUGAAGGCGUUUCAAUAA